AUGCUGAAACGGACUCUAAGAAGGAUUCUCCCCAAACAGGACUACGAAAAAGUCGAAAAAGAUUUGUGUCGAUUUGGUGAACGCAUAGUGGAUGAAAUCGAUCGUCUUGGAAGAAAGUGUGAACUAAAUCAGCCGAAGCUGGAGCAAUUUGACGCAUGGGGUAGACGGGUGGACGAAUUGAUAGUUUGCCCUGAAUGGAACCGUCUAAAAGAGAUUUGUGCAGAAGAAGGGCUAAUUUCCACUGGGUAUGAGAACAGUGCUCACCCCGUUACGAGACGUGUUCAUCAGUUUGCAAAGCUCUACUUGUUCUCGCCAUCAGGUGGUCUGACGACAUGCCCUAUGGCUAUGACAGAUGGAGCUGUCAAGACGUUGAAGGCACUAGGGCUCGAAGGGAAGCAUAGUUUGGCGACAGAGUCAAUAAGUCGUCUGCGAUCCACCGAUGGAAAGAAGGCGUGGACGUCAGGACAGUGGAUGACAGAAAAAAGAGGUGGAAGCGAUGUGGGUGGUGGAUGUGAUACGUAUGCUGAGCAUGUCCAGGGAGACACGUACCGCCUAUAUGGGUAUAAAUGGUUCAGUUCCGCUGUAGAUGCUGAUAUUACCUUAACACUGGCUCGAAUUGUCGACAAACAUGGCAAUGCCGAGAAAGGAUCACGUGGUCUUUCCUUGUUUUUACUGAAAAUUCGAAACGACGAUGGUAAGCUGAACGGUAUUCAAAUGAUGCGAUUAAAAAACAAGUUUGGCACAAAGCAGCUACCCACUGCUGAACUGCUAUUAGACGGCACUGUCGCCCAUUGUGUUGGGAAGCCAGGAAGAGGGGUUGCUAAUAUUUCUAACAUGCUGAAUAUAACGCGAAUUCAUAAUGCAGUCGCAUCUGUAUCUGGAAUGAGAAGAAUACUGUCCCUGGCUCGUGACUACUCCACUCGACGUGUUGUUUUUGGUCAAACACAAGAGAAAUGGCCACUUCAUUUAGCCACUCUUGCGAAGAUGGAAGUCGAAACAAGGGGAUGCUUCCUUCUUCUUAUGGAGGCUGCGCACCUUCUUGGCCUUUCG